CACAUUAUUGUGGUGCGCGUGGAUGACGUUUCCCCUCUUGGCCUUUCACCGUGCCCGCGCCUCCGCCAUGUUGUUUUGGUUGUGAAAAAGAAGGAAGAACCCAGAAUCUCGUUUUGACAGCAACCGACAACGGGGAGGAGGUGGAGAGACCACCGGUACCGGGGACCCUAUCCCUUAGGGCCAAAAAAGAUCUCUUGGUAAAAUGUAUUGAAAGGACUCCAGGAUUUCUCAGGGAGGGCAGAAAUCCAGGAAGGAAAUUACCUGUUUCAGUGGACCGACCCAAAGCUAUCCUAUCAGUUGACUGCUUCCACUGUUGGAUUAACCAUGGAUGAAGAAAGUCAGAGCAGCUUAGAGUGUAUCCAAGCCAACCAGAUAUUCCCACGAAAGCAGCUGAUACGUGAGGACGAAAGCCUUCAGGUUCCAUUCCAGGAACUGCAUGGAGAGAGCACAGAAUAUGUGGGUCGGGCCGAGGAUGCAGUUAUUUCUCUGUCCAACUAUCGUCUAAACAUCAAGUUUAAGGAGUCUUUUAUCAACGUCCCUCUGCAACUGAUAGAGUCUGUGGAAUGUCGGGAUCCCUUUCAGGUCCAUUUGACAUGCAAGGACUGUAAAGUGAUCAGGUGCCAGUUCUCCAGCUUUGAUCAGGUCCAGGAGUGGCAGAAGCGUCUGAAUGCUGCUUUACGGCCACCCAGCCGCAUAGAGGAUCUCUUUUCAUUUGCUUACCAUGCGUGGUGUAUGGAAGUAUAUGCCAGUGAGAAAGAGCAGCAUGGAGAUCUUUGCCGACCAGGUGAUCAUGUGAUUUCGAGGUUCAAGAAUGAAGUGGAACGGAUGGGCUUUGAUAUGGAUAAUGCUUGGAGAAUAUCCAAUAUUAAUGAGAAAUUUAGGCUGUGUUCCAGUUAUCCACAGGAGCUGAUUGUCCCGGCCUGGAUAACAGACAAAGAAUUGGAAAGUGUUGCCAGCUUCCGCUCCUGGAAACGCAUUCCUGCUGUGGUGUACAGGCACCAGAGUAACGGUGCUGUGAUAGCCCGGUGUGGCCAGCCUGAGGUGAGCUGGUGGGGCUGGAGGAAUGCAGAUGAUGAGCAUCUUGUUCAGUCUGUGGCCAAGGCUUGUGCCACCGAUAGCAGAACAAACCCGGGCAAAAUGGUGAAUGGAAGCUGCCCUCGUGGGCAUUCGAACGGAGGAGUUCUUGCAGACGUGGAUUUUGAUUCGUCAAUAUCCAACUCGUCGCCAUCUGAGAACCCUACUGUUCAGCCACCAAAGCUGCUUAUUCUUGAUGCACGAUCCUAUGCUGCUGCAGUGGCCAACCGUGCCAAAGGUGGAGGCUGUGAAUGCCCUGAGUACUAUCCAAACUGUGAGGUUGUGUUUAUGGGAAUGGCCAAUAUACACUCCAUCCGAAAGAGCUUCCAGUCUCUGCGGCUCCUCUGUACACAGAUGCCCGACCCGGCCAAUUGGUUGUCUGCGCUCGAGGGGACCAAGUGGUUGCAACAUCUUUCCAUGCUGCUCAAGUCCUCCCUGCUGGUAGUACACGCAUUGGAUCGAGAUCAGCGGCCUGUCCUUGUGCACUGUUCUGAUGGAUGGGACCGCACUCCACAGAUUGUAGCUCUCUCCAAAUUACUGCUGGACCCUUAUUAUAGGAGCAUUGAGGGAUUCCAGGUAUUGGUGGAGAUGGAGUGGUUGGAUUUCGGACAUAAGUUUGCAGACCGUUGUGGGCACGGAGAAAACUCUGAAGAUCUGAAUGAGCGCUGCCCGGUCUUUCUGCAGUGGCUGGAUUGUGUACAUCAACUGCAAAGACAAUUCCCUUGCUCCUUCGAGUUCAAUGAGGCCUUCCUGGUGAAGCUGGUUCAGCACACAUACUCCUGUCUCUUUGGGACCUUCCUGUGUAAUAAUGCCAAGGAGCGAAGUGAGAAGCACAUCCAAGAACGGACAUGCUCAGUUUGGUCUUUACUGCGUGCCGGGAAUCGCUCCUUCAAAAACUUGUUAUACUCCUCUCAAUCAGACACAGUGCUGUAUCCUGUCUGCCAUGUCCGAAAUCUGAUGCUGUGGAGUGCUGUCUACCUCCCUGGCUCUUCCCCAUCAACACCAAGUGAGGAAUCCUGCACUCCAUACCCCGCAUGUGGGACAGCCACAGAGGAGCCACCUCACUGCAGGUUGCCCAAAACCCGAUCAUAUGAUGACAUUCCAUCAACUUGUGACAUAAACGUGCCCUGCAUAAACAGACGCAGCAGUGACCCGAGCCUUAAUGAGAAAUGGCAGGAACAUCGUCGUUCUCUGGAACUGAAUGGUUUGGGGAAUCCUGGGGAUGACAUUCAGGAGGGAGAGAGGCUACCACUAGGAGCACAGCUUUCAAUGGCUGCUGGUGUUGGGGAGGGACAAAUGGAGAACAUUUUGCAGGAGGCCACCAAGGAAGAAGUGGGUAAUGAUGAUCAGGCGGGAAAACCGGGAGGCAGGGAAGUGGUGACAAAGGACACAGGGAAACCACCAGAGGAGUCAGAAGAAAUACCACAGGACAAAGACGAGCAUAACACAGGCAUUGAUUCCUCUGAAAGUGAGAGCAACGAUGAUGAGCUUGGUGGUGGGGAAAACCAGAAGCCAGGGGAACUGUGUUCUGAUAUUUGCCUUGUUAAUGGGAGCCUUUGGAAAGGGGAGAAUUCAGCCCUAGAAAUAUUUGCUACUCAGGUGGUGUGUGAGGAGGAAGCAGAACAAAUCAGUGCACCCAAUGAGGCUGCUUGUAAUGUCUCUGAAACAGGUGGGGUGGAAGAAAAUGGGGAGGGAAUAGAAAGUGAAAUAACUGGUGUCCUCUUGCCCCCCUCACCCAAACUUUCACCACCACGUCCUGUGUUGGAUGAUUCCACAGAGACCCUAACUGAAGACCCUUCUGGUCCUUGGCCGUGUAGGUUGGACCAUGUGACUGCAGCAACAGAACUGUCUCAGAGGCCAGAUCAGGUAUCUGAUGAGGGCCUCAUUAUGGUGGGGCUGCAGAUCCAAAAUCAAAGGACGUGUCCCUCAUUCCCCCUUACCGAUAGUGCCUUACCACAAUCUGACUGCAAAGCAGAGACUCUGAGUAACAGUGACCAAGCUUCUCCUCCCAUGCUCGAUGAGACACGUCUCAGUGGGGACAAUCAUAGAGGAAAGCAGACACUCUCCCGACAGAAUUCUUGCACAAUCCACUCCCAGGCGCAUCUGAGAAAUAUUCCCCGCAAGUGCCCGUUGCAUAAUGGUGAGAGAAAUCGUGUGGGCAAUACCCCCGAGCAGCCUACACGAAACCAUUUAGAUGAUGAUGGAAUGCCGUUGUAUGUAGAUGCGAUCCAGCAAAGGUUAAGGCAGAUGGAGAAUGGUCACCAGCAAGAAGUGGAAACGCUGAAGAAGCAGGUGCAAGAGCUACGCUGUCGUCUGGAAAGCCAUCUACACAACAUCCCAUACCGCUUAAAUGGGGAGUUUACAGAUGAGGUGACCUCGAUCCCGGAUUCUGAAAGCAACAGAGACCCGAGCUGUUUAUCGGGCUGCAGCACAGAACCGUUUUCGGAGGCCAGCUGGGAGCAGGUAGACAAGCGUGACACUGAGGUAACAAGGUGGCUCCCAGAUCACUUGGCAGCAAAUUGCUAUACUUGUGAAAGCAAGUUCUGGCUGGCUAGCAGGAAACAUCAUUGUAGGAAUACAGACUCCGUGGCUGAAACGUGGAAUUGUGGGAAUGUUUUCUGCUCCAGCUGUUGUAACCAGAAGGUGCCCGUUCCUAGCCAGCAACUCUUUGAGCCCACCCGAGUUUGCAAGUCAUGUUACAGCAACCUGCAUCCCAACCUGGAACUGGAAAAUCCCAUCACGGCUUCAUCUAACUAAGCAAUCAUCGUUCAAGGGAGAUUAUCUGUCUUGUCACUCACUGGAGGAUUUAUAAGAACUGCUUGUUUAAUGUUUGAGUUAAAAAAACUUUCUUUUUCACUACCAUGUAGAUUUUCGCCACUUUUUCGUGCAACAUUUUAAUCCACAUCUUUCUUUUGGGCAGUGUUUGGGGAGGAUAAAGAUCCUGAAUUGUAGGCUUUAUAUUAUGACCAAGAGGCACUAAAACUUCAGGUUAUUGGUCCCCAGAAAUCUGAAAGGUGUGUUCAGGGGUAGGUCGUUUCCCCUAUCCCAUUCAUCCAUGGGACUUAAUGUGUGGCCACCCUGGUACUGGUUCCAAGUUAUUUCUUCACCUCGGCUUCUGUCUCUUUCGGAUAAGCUGUAGGUGUCCUCUAGGUAUAAUGGUAUCUGAGGCCUCUUCCAAUAAAGUUUGUCUAAGUUUCCAAAUUCGGCCCCUUUGGAGGUGAGCUGGGUGUCAGCCUUGAAGCAGAGCCACAAAUUCCGCAGUAAUCCCUAUAGCAUAACUCUGGAAACAUCGGAAACCUCUAAUUUGGUCCUGGUGGUGCUUUCACAGACCUUUGCCGACUUUUCAUGUUUCUGACUCUCAAUAUUUAAACAAACAUUUAAGCUGCUUGUUAUAGUCACCUCAACACUUACGUUUGUUCAGUAAAGAUGCGUUGUUGGGCUGUUGCUGGCGUAGGAGAUAUUUUGAUACCCAGUUUUUGUUUUUGUUGAACUGGAUUAAGUCGCAUUACAUCAUAUGCUCUCCUUCCACCUGUAACCUCUACAUUAUGACUGCAUCAGUGCUGAAUAUUCUAAGUGUGAAAAUGAGUUCCAAGCCAGUUCAGUAAUGACAUACUAGUUACACGCAGACACAAGACUCUCAGAAAACCAGAAACCUGAUCACUAGCACAUGGACUAAAUUUGUCAUGUUUUUCUUUCAAAUUGCAGGAUUAUUGCUUUAUAGUCCAAAAUGUUAAAAUAGAUCUGCCAAACACAAUAGAGACCCAUGUGACUAUGCCAACAUGAUCUGUACUUUGUAAUAUUUAAAAUGUUACCAAAUGUUAAAGUACUAAAUGGGCUUACUUUAGCCUGUGUCUAACAUGUGAUUCCAGAGAGCUCCUGCAUUGUAUGUAGAGCCAAGUGGAACGGCACACUAUAGGACAAGGCGGGUAUGUAACAUUCUAUGCAUUUGCUCCCUGUUCGCCUAUUACCAUCUAAAAGCAGUCUUGAUAGCUUAGUCGCGUGGAACUGUGCUAUUUGGCAUGAAUAAGACUCCACCAGUUGAUUGACACCCAGAUUCACUGCCUUAGCAAACAUUUAGACAGUGAAGGUUUGCUGAGGCUGACACAUCAAGCAAUUUGGGAGGCUUAAAUUGGGGAGAACGUUUAGUUUUUGCACUUAUUAGAUUAUUUUUGUACAAUUAUUUAUUAGAUUUUUUUUUUUCCUUCCCGACUUGAGUGCACUUAAUUUUUAAGUAAACCUGCAUCUUACUGCUCCAAGAGAGCUGUGGUAGGUGGAUGGGUAAAAUAGUAUUGGUGGGUAAUAGAGCAAUGUCACUUUCUCUACUGCAGUGCAGCAGGAUCUUCUUUAAAACAUCACCCGUACAUCAUGGCGGGAUGAGUGAGAGGGGCACGAGUGACCGGAUUUUCAGCAACGUGGGUGCGGAUUUAAACAGUCUCUUACAAAUGAAAUCCUGGGAUAUCUCAGGAUUUCCACAAUGAGUAGGGGCAUCUUUAUGGUGUAUACCUUCCGAGCGCCCGUAUAAUGGGCAUAUAGAUGCCCAUAUAACAUCAAAGCCCCCUGGCCGGGUUAAAUUCUUCACAGCUGAAAACACGGUGCAUAAUGAAUAUGGGCGGAGUAUAGCUGCAUGUAAUAAAAAUAACGAAUAAGCCAAGACACAGAUGCUUCGUAUCAUUAUAGAGUGCACCAUGUUUAUUUUUUAGGAGGUAUAGCCCUGAAAAAUUCAGAUUAAAUGUGAAAAGAGACAUGUUUACCUCCUCUAAAAAGAAGAUUUUUUUUAUUUUUUUUAAACAAAAUAAAUUAAACCCCUCCCCAUGCAAUAGGGUUAUCGCUUUGCCGAAAAAGUAGCAGACUCUGGUCAAUAAAGCACUUUCCCCCUCUAUUGUAAUAUUCCUGUACGGGAGGUGAUUUCUUACUGCAUAGAUUGUGUAUAUAUAUAUAAAUAUAUAUAUAAGAAAAACUUUCUCUCCCUUUUAACAAGGCAGAUAAAGAGCUUCUAUAUUUUUCUUUUUUUUCUUCUCAGAGCGAAAGAGGUAAAUAAUUUAGCAUUGUUAACUAUAUAAAUAAAGAUGAAAUAAAGUCGGCAUGGUACAGUUUCUAGUGCUGUAUUAAAA